GGCAAAGGCAAAGGCAAAGGGUCCCCGGGUGCCACGGCAGUCGAGACUCACACACCUGCUUGUCCUCUCAACUCUGCCGAAACCCUCGCGAAGUAUCCCUCCCUUGUCUUCUUCUUCCCCUCAUUCUCCCUCUCUCCCUCAGUCCUUCUCUAUCAAACAAACAUCAUAAUCCCUCAUAUAUGCCUCCAUUAUUAAUCCAACCCAUCUCCCUUGUCCUCUUCUUCUCUUCUCUCCUUAUAUUCCUUUCUCUCCUUCAUAUAUCACCAUCAUCAUCAUCCUAGCUCAUCAUCAUCAGCAUCAAUGGAAGAACUCAUCUCUCCAACAUCUUCAUGCUCUCCACCAACUGCUCAACAACUCCCAUUCCUCACCUUCCCUUCAGCUCCAUCUCCUCUUCAACACCGUCUCCAUUGUCUCCUCAUCUCCCGUCCUGAAUGGUGGUCUUACGCCAUUCUCUGGCGUGUUUCCUCCGACCACCACUCUCUUUCUUGGGGCGACGGCCACUUCCGCGGCGGCCAUGACGAUGGUGCUACACUUUUAGACCGGAAACGCACCAUCCAUGCAAUGCUCAACGAUGAUCCCAAGACUGAUAUCACUAUUACUGAUCCUACUGACUGUGUCUCCGACGUUGAAUGGUUCUACGUCGUAUCACUAACACGCUCUUUCGCCGCCGGCGAUGCCAACAUUCUAACCAGAGCUUUUACUUCUCUGUCUCCCAUCUGGCUCGUUGGUGGCCAUGCAAUGCAAGCUUGCGGCUGUGACCGCGCUAGAGAAGCCCAGCUGCAUGGCAUUGAGACGUUUAGUUUGUAUCCCCACCGCGGCCGGCGUGUUAGAGCUCGGCUCAUCGGACUUAAUCCCUGAGGACUGGGCUCUCGUACAGCAAGCCAAAGCUACAGUACUGGUUUCACCCAAUGAUACCUUCGUCGGCCUGCCGGCGAUCUCCACAAGCCCUUCAUUGAAGAAGGAGGUGGCAGGGCUUUCCUCCUCUGUAGACUCCGACCAUUCGGAUUCCGACGGGGGGUUGAUGACCGGACGACGACCGACGAAGAAGAGAGGGAGAAAACCAGGCACAGGGCGUGAAACUCCAGUCAAUCACGUUGAAGCUGAAAGACAACGUCGUGAGAAGCUGAACCACCGGUUCUAUGCUCUCCGGUCAGUGGUGCCGAACGUGUCACGCAUGGACAAGGCUUCGUUGCUGGCCGACGCCGUGUCGUACAUCAAAGAUCUCAAGGUUAGAGUGGAGGAGCUGGAGAUGGAGGUCAAGAAAACCAAGAAAGAGAUCGUCGUCGUUGAUAAGGCCAGUGGUGGUGCAAUCACAAGCACCAUCAUCUCUGAUUCAUCAAUGGUGAAUGGAACGAUGGAGAUGGAGCUUAGGGUUGCCGGUUCCGGCGAGGCUAUGAUCAGGGUGAAGUCGGAGAACGUAAAUCAUCCUGCAGCGAAGCUUAUGGAGACUUUGAAGGAGAUGGAGAUGCCGGUGCACCAUGCAAGCAUGGUGAGCAUGGAGGAGCUCAUGGUGAUGGACGUGGUUGCUAGGGUUCCUUUAGGGUUGCAAGGAGAGCAAGAGAGUCUCAAGAGUUCACUGCUUGCAAGGCUUGAAAAGGUCUGAAUUUAUGUCAACCUUUUAUUAGGGUUUUUUAUUUUUGGUUGAUGUUUGGUGUGUGUGGAAUAAUUAAGAAUGGCUGAAGAAUAAGGUCUAGGGUUUUAUAUUUUAGAACUAAUUUAUCUAGUUAAUUUAUAAGACCAAGAAUCUCUUGGACUUUUUUUUUAUUUAUUUAUUGUUAUU